ACGCAGACGCAUAUUGAUGACGUACACGUCCUGCGCGGAAACAUCAUGGCGGCUACUGCACCGGUUGUAGAAGAGCCUGAAGAUUAUUCCUUUUUACCCAUUAUUCAUGAUAUUAUCAAAUGUAUGGAUAAAGACAGUCCAGACGUACUUCAGGAGCUGAACAAACUGAAGACGAAGAUCCAAGAGGCUCGGGAGCAGAUUUCAGCUAUGCCAGGCAUCGACAUGAGUCCUGCGCUACAGGAUAAUAAACUACGGACUCUGAGAGAGCAGGUCCAGACCAAAAACCAGCUUCUGCAGAAAUACAAGAGCCUGUGCAUGUUUGAUAUCCCUAAACCCUCAUGACAUUGCCUUUUUUUGCAAUAAGGAAAGAGACACGGACAUUAUUUCACUUCGGUCAGCGCUUUUGUGAUAAAGUUGUCUCACCUGUGAAGGCAGAACUGGUUCAGUGAUAUAUGUACUAUAUGUUAAUAUUUUGUAUUUUUCACUUUGGACAAAUGUUUUGACACGUUAUGGUCAUUUUGAGCUAAAGAAAAUGUAUUUGGAUUAUUUGAUGUUUUACAGCUUGUUUAUUAAAUUGGCUCUUCUUUUCUAAACAAAUGCUUUCACUUAAGCUAAAAAAAUAAACAUUUUAUAGUGUGCAAAUAUGACUUGAGGCGUUAAUCCCAACCAUAUUAGACAAAUAAAAUAAGGUAUUAUUAAUAUUAUUAUUAUAGUGUAUAUAAGUCAGAGCAUUACAUUAGCAGGGCAAAGACCAUGGGACAUAGGUUCAUACCCAGGAGACACAAUCUGAUUAAAAAUGCCCUGUAAGUCGUUUUAAAAGUGUUUACCAAAUGGAUUAAAAGUAAAAAAAAAUAAUGUGAAUAUUAUUUUCUACAAAAACUUUCUUCACUUACUGCACACUUGUGGAUGUGGGACUGUUCAAUAUUUAUGUAUUAAUGCUAUUGUAUUGGGUGUGUGUGACGUUAAAUCAUUUUGCACUGCAGGU